GGGGAGGAUUUCGGAGGGGAGUUUGGGGUGGAUGAGCAGGAGGAUGAGAAGAAGGUGGUGGAGGAGGAGGAGGAGGAGGAGGAGGGUGUGGAUGAGGCUGCGGCUGCAGGCGCGGAUGCAGCUGUGACUGCAGCUACGGAUACACCUCGUGUGCAGCAAGAACCUCCCAUCUCAACCACAACCACAACCACAGCCUCAACAACAGCUUCAGCAACAUACCCCUCCAGCAACAAGACCCUCAGUGCCAGCUACACCUGCGUCUGCGUCUGCACCAGCAACUACAUCCCAAGACACUCCCUGGCUUGA